UCCGAUCUGCUUCACUAUAUCUGUAAGACUCUCCUCUUUCUCCGUCAAAUUCUUGAGAAAAUUCCCAAAAUCAGCAGAUAUGACGAAGGCUCUGUGGAUCUCCAUUGCUGCGAUCCAAUUUCUGGCAAUUUUCUGCAUCUCAUUCUCACCAGAAAGCCCCACUGAUCGUCGGAUUCUGGUCUUGCUCGAUGAUUUUGCGAUCAAGUCUUCGCAUUCAAUCUAUUUCAAUUCCCUCCAAACACGAGGCUACGAUCUGGAUUUCAAACUUUCCGAUGAUUCAAAGAUCGGUUUGCAACGAUACGGCCAGUAUCUGUACGAUGGACUGAUCUUGUUUGCCCCUAAAGCUGAACGUUUUGGAGGAUCCAUUAAUGCAGCUGCUAUUCUUGAAUUUGUUGAUUCUGGUCAUGAUUUGAUCAUUGCUGCUGAUGCUAGCGCUUCCGAUCUUAUUCGAGAGAUUGCCACAGAAUGUGGGGUUGAUUUUGAUGAGGAUCCUGCAUCUAUGGUCAUCGAUCACACAAGCUAUGCAGUUUCAGAUACUAAGGGGGGUCAUCAACUUAUUGCGAGUGAUCACUUCAUCCACUCUGACGUGCUUUUGGGAAACAAAGAAAUUGAGGCUCCUGUGCUCUUUGAAGGUAUUGGCCAUUCACUGCAUCCUUCCAACAACAUGGUGUUAAAGGUUUUGUCUGCAUCUUCUUCAGCAUAUUCUGCUAAUCCUAAGGCAAAGUUGUCUACAGUUCCUACCCUAACUGGAUCUGCAAUCUCCUUAGUAUCAGUAGUACAGGCAAGGAAUAAUGCUCGUGUAUUGAUCUCUGGCUCUUUAAGUAUGUUCGGAAAUCGAUUUUUCCAGUCUGGAGUUGAGAAGUCAGGAAGCUCAAUUAAGCAUGCAAAAAGUGGUAAUGAACAGUUCUUGAUUGAACUUAGCAAAUGGGUUUUCCAUGAAAGAGGCCAUCUCAAGGCUGUGAAUGUUAGACAUCAUAAAGCUGGGGGUGCUGAUGAGCCUUCAAUGUACAGGAUCACCGACGAACUGGAAUACUCAGUUGAGAUUUAUGAAUGGUCGGGCACAAGUUGGGAACCAUAUGUUGCUGAUGAUGUACAACUACAGUUUUACAUGAUGAGCCCCUAUGUGUUGAAAGCGUUAUCAACCAAUGGGAAGGGUCUAUAUUCAACGUCAUUCAAGGUCCCUGAUGUUUAUGGUGUAUUUCAAUUCAAGAUCGAGUACCAGAGGCUUGGCUACACAAGCUUGUCGCUGUCAAAGCAGAUUCCCGUUAGGCCCUUCAGACACAACGAAUAUGAAAGAUUCAUACCAGCAGCAUUUCCCUAUUAUGGAGGCACUUUCUCUAUGAUGGCAGGUUUCUUUGUAUUCAGCACAGUCUAUUUAUACAGCAAAUAAAAUUGAGAAGAAGAAGAGCAGCUGCUCUCCAUGGCUGUCUGAAGUCAUUGUCAAAACAGGUAACUGAUUUCUUACAGCCUGAUCAAGCUAAUUAGGUAUCAGAAAGAAAACAAUUUUGUUUGGAUUACUCUUGCUAGGAUCCGUUUGUUUUUAUUUCUAUUUUUAUGAAGAAUGAGUGGAGACUUAGGCUUUAAUAUUGUUUUAUAUUGCUGUUCUCACAAGCUUAAUAUUAAGCUGGAGAGGGAAUUAGUAAUAGCAUCUCUUUCUUUUGUAACAAGUUCCUUUUAAAAGAGAUAAUAGCUU